GUGUCCACUGAUAGUUAAUUCUCCUGCUGCUCUCUGUUUGUGUCUCUCUCUCAUACACGCUGAUGAUGUUCAAAUGUCUGCAGGAAGGUUAAAAUGGCAGAGUGAGUAUGCAGGGGGAGUGGGAGCGCCGUCUUGUGGUGAUUAGCCAGGGCACUUCCAGAGCAGGAUUUAUGGCACGCAGCUGUUGAGUGGCUGACAAACGUGUCAGGGGCUCAAGCACUGCUGCUUCUCAAGCUGCUCGUACUACCAGCUCGAGCUCCGCUUACUGUUGCGUAGGAAAGAGGACUGCUGUGCCUGAACAUACAACGGGUCAAGCCUCAGCUCAGAAGGAAGCCUGGAUUCUCAAUUACAGCUGGACCCUGUGGAUUUUAGGCAAGCCUUUAGCCUGUCCGGCCCGGCCCUUACUCUCAUCCAGAGGUCAGAGAGGUACAGAGCCAGGACAGGAGCACCACUUGUUUAAGCCAGCAGAUGGUGCGGGAGCAAUAUGUCACCACCACCCAGGGCAGCAGCUCGCCCAGGCCGGUGCCCGACCAUGUCUACAAGAUCGGCAUCUAUGGCUGGAGGAAGCGCUGCCUCUACCUGUUUGUCCUGCUGCUCAUCAUCAUCCUGGUGGUCAACUUCGCCCUCACCAUCUGGAUCCUCAGGGUGAUGUGGUUCAACACGGAAGGGAUGGGACUCCUACAAGUGAACUCAGAUGGGGUCAUGCUGGAGGAGGGCGAGUCAGAGUUUCUAUUCCCUGUCUACGCUCAGGAGAUCCACUCCAGAGAAGACUCAUCACUUCUAGUGCAGUCAUCGGAAAAUGUUUUCCUUAAUGCCCGUAAUGAAAAUGGUGAUGUCACAGGGAGGAUAUCUGUGGGUCCAAAAGAGGCUCAGGGACAUGCUCGAAAUCUGCUCAUUAACUCCCACAAUGACAACACGCUGUUCACUGCAGAUGGCGACCAGGCAGUAAUUGGACCAGACAAACUACGAGUCACAGGUCCUGAAGGAGCAUUCUUCCAGCAUUCAGUAGAGGUGCCCUUGCUGAAAUCUGAACUUUUGAAAGACCUGAGGUUGGAGUCUCCUACUCGCUCUCUUACUAUGGACGCACCAAAAGGAGUUCAUCUCAAAUCGCUGGCGGGCAACAUUGAAGCUGCUUCCAACAUGGAUGUUAUUCUGCAGUCUAGUAUAGGCCUGCUGGUGCUGGAUGCUGAGACGGUGCGCAUGCCGAGUCUGCCCCUGAGCGAAGGAGGGGUUUCUGGAAAUGCUCAGGGUCUCUACGAGGUCUGCGUCUGUCCCAGCGGCAAGCUCUUCCUGUCCAAGGCUGGGGUCACCUCCACUUGCAGCGAGAAUCAGGAGUGCUAGAAAGACUGACAAGGUAAUCGAUUUUCCAUCUCUCAGUAGAUGCAUCUUCUGGGAGGCAACAAGCACAGCUGUUUACAUCUGGUCUGAUCCCACUGGCACAUCGAGGCCUGUACAAAUUCAAAUGCCUGCUGGCAUACAUGUUGGAGAUGUCAAGAAAUGCAUCCUUUUAGUUGCAUUAUGACCUUCUAACCAUUCAGCUGAAACAAAUUGGCACUCAGUUCCAAAUGUAUCUGCAUCAGAACUUUGUGGAGGAUUUUUUACAUGGAGAGUAUAGUAUCAUGGCUGGGCACUGAGGAGCUGGUAACAGCUUACAUUCUAUGCAAUAUUAUCUUGUGGUGCAAUAAUUAAAUUGACACAUAUCAAGGGCUUAGAAUAAUCUUAAAAUAAAUCUCUCAUAUGAGGACAGAAUGUCAUUAAAAUAUUUAUUUUGGUUUAAGUAUGCCCUUCUGGCUCCAAGCCCUUGGUAUGUAUUUUUUUUUAUGUUUUAGCAUAUUAUAAUUUUUAUUAGCAAAUAUUUUGUCACUUCAGAGAUCCACAGAUGGAUUUUAUAUCCUUUUCUUUGUUAACUUAAAUUCAAAUAGCACUAGAACACUAGACAACAGACUUGUUUCUUGUUUUGUUCCAACUCCUUUUAUAGGGUUGAGCUUAAAAUGUCAUGUGCUUAUGGUACCAUAAAGUGUUACUUGUGUGGUAUCACGUGUGUAAUUGUGUUUUCAUUUAGUUUAUAAUAUUAUAAGCAUUCAAUUAUACAUUAGCUACAAGUCAGACAGUUUUUCUUACAAGUAAACUGGUCUAUGUUUGUACAGCCAAGGGUCUAUGACCACGGCAACAUGGAAGCAAAAACAAAACAUUUCUAAUAAAGGUAAUUUUGGAUUCUUAGUGUGAACGUUUUGCCUUUUCGGCCAAAUAUGCCUUUAUUUUAUGGUUUUUACACAAUAUGCAUGACAGGUAAUAAUCAACAUUUGCGUCUGUUGUAAGAUUAAGAUUCUCAGUUCACUACGUCAAAAAAGGGCAAUAUUUUGUAGUCAUGGUUACAUUGAGUUUAGCAUAAAUUUUUCAGAUUACUGUUUUUAGCAUAAGUAAUAUCUCAUGGCGUUAUCAGUAUUGAUAAGUUGAUUGCAAUUUCUCACAUAUGUUCUGGCAUAUUUUGAUAAAGUGUGUAAUGUGUAUUUAUUUUUUUGUAUGUUGAAUAAACUUUGUGCUAUUCUUUUA